AUGGCACCAACCAAACUACCACAAAAUGGACGGGUAGGGGUCAUUGGGGCCGGUAUAUCUGGUCUUUCGUAUGCGUAUUUUCUUAAGAAGCUUCGUCCAGACGUAAAAAUCACCGUUUUCGAGAAAUCGAACCAGCCUGGAGGAUGGAUCAGAACCAAGAAGCUCACGAACAACCAACAAAAUAUCAUAUUGGAGAAGGGACCGAGGACACUAAGAGGCGUGAGUGAUGGAACAUUGCUCAUAAUAGACAUACUCAAGCAACUAAACAUAGAAAAUGAACUUCAAGUCAUGAAAUCGACUUCGAUUGCAAACAGAAAAUAUAUCGUGGGACAAGAUCACCAACUUGUGCAAGUUCCGGGCUCGGUCAAAUCCUUUUUGAAGUUUUUGUCGAGCGGUGUUGUGUCUGGGAUCCCCACUGGAGCAAUUAAAGAGAUCUUUCAAAAGGUUUCAUCGACAGGAAAAGACGAGAGUAUAGAAAGCUUCAUUAAACGUCGGUUUAAAUCCACCGCAUUGACUGAUAACAUAAUGAGUGCUGUUCUACACGGAAUAUACGCCGGGGACGUAUCCAAACUUAGCGUGAACAGUGUGGUUCCCGGACUUGUGGCACUUGAAAAAGAUCACGGCUCAAUCGUGAAAGGUGCACUCAAGAACAUGUACAAAGCACUUACUGCAAAAAAGCACCAAAAGGACCUAGAAACCAGUUUGAAGGUGUAUGAGCAGCGUAUCUCGCCCCAGGCUGACCUUCGUGGCUUGGAAGCUAAACUCAAAGGAUAUCCAAUUGUCAAACUUAGGAAUGGACUACAAGAGCUACCACUUGCGUUAUCGUCGUACUUACAGUCACAAGCCAACGUGGACAUUUUAUACGAUACGACAAUUGAUAACGUGGACUUUAAGCAGUGUACCAUAAAGACGAGUAAUGGAACUAACAAAUAUGAUCAUAUACGAUCAACGAUCAACGUCAAGGCUUUGGCAUCACUAGCUCAGAAACUGGCUCUUACCGAAAAAUUUUCCAAAAUUGAGUAUGUUAGUAUCUUUAUGGCAAACAUUUACUCCCGAGAAAGACUUGUACCCAGAGAUCAGGAGGGAUUUGGGUUCUUGGUCCCAAAGUCAGUUCAUAAUCAAGAGAGACUUCUUGGCAUAAUAUUUGAUUCAGAUAUCGAAAAGAAUUCCCACAGCUUUGAGGGACAACCAGAGAAGUUUGAUGGUUACAGCAAGAUAACAUUGAUGAUGGGAGGACAUUUUUUCAGCGACGAAAUUCCCUCCAACUCUGUCAAUUUAAGAGCCGUGAAAAAGUGCCUACAACAAUAUCUCGGGGUGGAUAUCCUGCAAAAAAAAGUAAUUUUAAGAGACGAGGCAAAUGAAAAAGACACCAAGGUUACUCUAGAAGGUGAUGAUAUUCUUAUCUCGUACAAUUUGCAUAAAGACUGCAUUCCUCAGUAUAAUGUGGGGUAUAAGGCUAUCAAAGAGAAAACAGAAUUAUUGCUCGCUCUGGAGUAUAAAGGUACUUUAUCGCUCGGGGGAAUGUGUUUUGGCAAGGGCAUAGGUGUACCUGACUGUGUGAGCAAUGCCUUAGACAGUGCUAUUGAUCUUAGCUAA